AUGUCGUUUUCUUUGGAAAUGCGCCAAUUUCCACCGGCUCCUCGUGAUUGUUAUGCAGUUCCUGGUAAACCAUCAAUUAAUGAAGAAUUAACAAUUAUUAAAUGGGAACAUAUGAAUCCGAACACAUUUAUUCCAAGUGCAUUAUUUUCGACUUGGUCAAUUCGAACCGCGUUGUAUCCGUUGUCGGUUUUGAGAAGUCAAUUGCAAUUGCAAAAACAGAAUACGAUUUAUAAAAAUACUUUUGAUGCAUACAAAGAUAUUUCGAAACGAGAAGGAAUCAGAGGAUUAUACAGGGUUUGUCAGAAUUUGAAGACAUGAGCCGGGAGCCUUUGUGUUGUCAGAGGCGAUCCACUUUCUAGAUUUUCACUUAGUUACACCAAGUUCGGAAUCAGAACUUGCCUCCAGUCCCGAGCUACUUACAGUAUCUCGAAUACACAAAAAAAGUUUUCAGGGUUUCUGGAUCACUGUGCCACAAAUCGGAUCCUCACUCGUUUAUUCAACAGUUUUUGAAAAAUUCCGAUCCGUAAUCCACGAUAAUGGAUUCAAAUCAAUCAGUGCAGUUGCAUCAAUUUCUAGUGGUUGUGCAAGUUUGGCAACACAAUUUAUUUUUGUACCAACUGAUAUUAUUGCACAAUAUAUGAUGAUUUAUAAAAAUCAGGAUAGACUUACUGCUGGACAUGAUAAACAAGUUGUUGAAUUGAUACAGUAUGUUUUAAUUAUCCGAAUAAUUAUUGAAAUUUCUUAUAUUUUCAGAAAACAAGUGAAAAAUGGUCGAACUCUUGGAUUGAGCGUUGUUUCAGCGGUUUAUAAAGCUGAUGGAAUAUCUGGAUUCUUUAGAGGAUUUUUUGCAUCGGCUAUUGUUUAUGUUCCACAAAUGAUGAUGUUUUGGCCAGUUUAUUAUGCAACUCAAGAAGUUUUGAAUAAGGUAAUUGUAAUUUUCAUCCUACAAAAGAAUAACACAAUUUUUCCAGCUUCAUCCUCCAACAAAUCGCAGUAUUAUGUAUGAUCAAGCGUUUUCUGCAGUUGUUGGUGGAAUGGUUGCAACUGUCGCCACAAAUCCAAUGGAAUUGUUCCGUGUUCGUAUUCAAAUGCAUCGUGGAACUUACACAGAUACACUUCGAACACUUGUGACUGAUGAAAAAGGUCAUUUGUUCACCAAAGGCCUUGCUCCACGUUUAAUCGCGAAUUCAUUGUAUUCUGGAUUGGUUGUUGUUGGUUACGAAAUUGUGAAAAGAUUGUGUGUGAGAGAGGAAUACAAAGAUCGUGUGAAAUGGUGA